UCGCCAAUUAUAUGAUGUGGAGGGUCGUUUUGAAAUCUUUGCCUCUGUUAUCGAAAGACUGGAGGGCUCUUUCUUUGGAACACAGAAGGCUCAGUUUACCAGAUGCAGAUGAAACUCCCCGCUGGGAAGAAUGUUUGUCAUAUUUUCCUGCAAAACUAGAACUUGCACUUAAUUCCUUCUACCUCCGACACUACAAAGGAAAGGAGAACAAGGCCAUGGUGACAGAGAUAGCUGAAUAUAUUCGUGGAGAAGUCUUAAAUAUACUUGAAAGCAGUGCUUGGUUGGACGAAAGAACUAAGAAGAAUGCCAUAGAUAAGGCUAAUGCCGUGACGUUUAAAAUUGCGUAUCCAGAAGAGCUUAUAAAUGAGACCGUUAUCUCUUUACUUUAUCCAAACGUGAAGCUUAACAAAAGUCAUUUUAGCAAUAGAUUGAAAAUACUCAAAUGGUUACAAGACCACUUCUACGUUACGUAUCAGGAUCCUACUUAUAAUAAAAGGUGGCAUACAUCCGGUAGGAAAUCCUUGCGUGUAACUGGCAUUUAUUACCCUGAAAACAACGUCAUUGACAUGUCUGCAGGGAUGAUUCAAGAUCCCUAUUUCAAUAAAGAUCGGCCAAUGUACCUGAAUUUUGGAGCCGUGGGUCUCGUAAUUGGUCAUGAAUUUUUUCAUGGAUUCGCAGGACAAGGUCGAAAAUAUGACACAAAUGGUAACAAAGUCAAUUGGUGGAGCAAUGAAACAGACAGUAUUUACGAAAAGAAAGCCCUGUGUAUCAUACAGCAAUAUAGUAAUUACACUGUUGGAAAUGGAAUGAAAGUAAAUGGCCUUAAUACACAACCCGAUAACAUUGCUGACAAUGCAGGUUUAAAAGCAGCUUAUUUGGCCUAUCAGUCGUGGGUGAGAAUUCACAAAACAGAGAAAAUGCUACCAGGAUUGAAGUAUACACCAAAUCAGCUGUUCUUCAUCAGCGCAGCACAAAUCUAUUGUGAGAAAAACCUACCAGAGCAUCUUAUGUAUUUUCUUCAGUAUGACGACCAUAGCCCAGGACAGUUCAGAGUAAACGGAGCUAUGUCUAAUCUACCAGAAUUUGCCAAAGAAUUUCGCUGCUCAUCAGAUUCAGCUAUGAAUCGACAAAAUAAGUGCCGGAUUUGGUAGAAAAAUUAAUAAAUCAAAUUUUCAGAAACCAUUUUUUACUACUUUCUUACGAUACAUGGUUGUAGUAGUUAUAUAAUUUGGUUUUAUUAUUGAAGGAUGGCGCAAAUUAUUACAUGUAAAAUUUGAAAGCUGGUAUGUAUUCUUCAAGGAGCAUCUUCUUCAAAAUAAAAUUUUUAAACCUG